UGUUUGACAUGUUAUAUUCCAUAAGUGACAUAAUAAAUAACCACGAAACACGUCUACAAGUUCAAACCAAAGCAAAAUGAGAAUUUCCGUAUCAUUCAUAGCAUCUACUUUAUUCUUUAUUUUUAUUCUGCAUUCAAUGUGGAAUUUGUUUAGUAUAUUCAGAGUUCCAACAUGCAUAGUGGGAGAUAAAUGUUAUAUUUCUUAUUUAAAUUCAAAUCCAAAUCUCGAUUUGCUGGUUUAUGCUUCAGACAACUCAAAAUCCGGAAAUAUUGAAUUGAUUCUUAAUAUAGACAAAUUCAAUUAUCACGAUAAAUGGGAAAAGGAAAUAUCUCUUCAGUUACCAAAGGUUGUCAGAAAUAAUGGUACUAUGUCUAUCCAUACAAUUAUCAUUCCAAGUAGUUCUAAAAAAAAACAUUACACUUUAAAUGAAUUAGCGACUCAGCCGGAUGCUACAUAUUUGAAGUAUCCAUUAACAAAAUAUGCCAUUCCGGCAAGUGCUGCUUUUAAUUUAUUAAAAGAAGAAUCAAAGAAACAAACUGUGAAGCCAGUAACACAUUUGAGAACCAAAUUUCCAAUUAUCAUGUGUACUGACAAAUUUGAAAUUUCCUCGUCAAAUAUUCCUAUGGAAAUAAUAAGACAUUUAAGAAUUAAUCAUAAACGACAAUUUUUACCAGUUGUUCACCGUGAUAUCAUGCAAAUGAGACUGAGAGAUUUGUUGGAAAUAACUGGGGAAACAAUGGAUGCGAAAAUAUUAUUUACCUACACCCCUGUAUCUGUUGGAAAAAUGAGAUUUGUUGCUCAAAUUGAUUCUACGCUACAUCAGUUCAUUGCAUUAGGGUUUACUGAAAAAGAUUUAGAUGAAGUGAAAGGAGUGUUUGCAGAUACAAAUGUUUAUUUGCUUUGUGCAACAGUGCUUAUUGGCAGCAUUCAUUUACUCCUUGAUUUCCUUUCAUUUAAAAAUGAUGUGAAGUUUUGGAAAGCCCAGACUUCCAUGGCAGGGUUAUCUACUAGUAGUGUAUUAUGGAGGGCCUUUUCACAAACGGUUAUUUUCCUAUAUUUAUUAGAUGAAGGCACGUCAUUGUUAGUCUUAGUUCCAAGUGGAGUUGCUACUAUUAUAGAAUUUUGGAAAAUCAGUAAAGUGCUGAAUAAAAGUAUUUCAUGGAGUGGAGGAUUAAGAUUUAGUAAAGGUAAAAAUGAAAGCGCUGAGGAGUUACAGACUAGAAAAUAUGAUGAAGAGUGCAUGAAGUAUUUGUGUUAUCUCUUAUAUCCUCUUUGUGGUUGUGCAGCUAUUUAUUCUCUCCUGUAUCAAUCACAUAAAAGUUGGUAUUCAUGGACCAUCAAUAGCUUGGUGAAUGGUGUAUACGCAUUUGGUUUUCUUUUCAUGCUACCUCAAUUAUUCAUCAAUUAUAGACUGAAGUCAGUAGCAGCUCUACCAUGGAGAGCAUUUACAUACAGGGCAUUUAAUACCUUCAUUGAUGACAUUUUUGCAUUUAUUAUUACUAUGCCCACAGCUCAUAGAGUUGCGUGCUUCAGAGAUGACGUAGUUUUUCUCAUAUACCUCUAUCAAAGAUGGCUGUACCCUGUUGAUAAAACAAGAACUGAUGAAAUCAUAGAUGACAGCCCUAUUGAAAAUGAUGUUGACUCAAAGAAAACGCAGUAAAUGUAAACGUGGAUUAUUUUUCAUUUCCUACUUCAACAUCAUUCACAGGGUAUUUUGCUCUAUGUAUGGAUUGACAAAUCUGUAUCUUGACUGUGAUGAAAUACCUAUUCUAAUUGUUGCAAUCAGUUGUAAUGUGAAUUUGAAUUGUACCUACUAUUUUUAAAAUUUAACUGUGUUAUCGUGAUAAUAAUUUUCAAGAAUAAAGUUGUGGAGCACUAUAAUAA